AAAAGAGCCAGUUCACGUGCCUUGCAACAUUAUUGGUCAAACAACGUCAGUUGCAUUCUGGGAACUGAAGUUCCUGUGACCCGGAUAUGUCGACACAAGAUAACGAAACUAACGUCUUACGUUGUGCUCUGAUCUGAACCUCCUUGGAACUCAACUAUUUCACAAAGCAAACUUUACCACGUUGUGACAGCCUCUAGGCGUGUGCAAUAGGCCUUCGGGUCAACUCCGAACACCAACUAUAUAGUCCUACCUUUAACCAUCAGUUUGCACACUCUUCUUUCAGCCACCCUCUGUAUCCAAGAGGUGAGGACAGCGUCAGCUCCCUACCUACCAGCAAACUGAGAUGGGACGGACAUCUAAGGAUAAACGGGAUGUCUACUACCGCCUGGCCAAGGAGAAGGGCUGGCGGGCCCGAAGUGCUUUCAAGCUACUUCAACUUGAUGAGGAAUUCCAACUCUUCAAAGGUGUGAAGCGAGCAGUUGACUUGUGUGCAGCCCCAGGCAGCUGGAGCCAGGUGCUGAGCCAAAAGGUUGGGGGCCAGAGUUCUGGUCAGGUGGUGGCUGUGGACUUGCAGGCUAUGGCUCCACUCCCCGGUGUGAUACAGAUACAGGGUGACAUCACUCAGCUCUCCACUGCCAAGGAGAUCAUCCAGCACUUUGAGGGCUGCCCUGCCGACCUAGUAGUGUGUGACGGGGCUCCUGAUGUCACUGGCCUCCAUGAUGUAGAUGAGUACAUGCAGGCCCAGCUUCUGCUUGCCGCCCUUAACAUUGCUACUCAUGUCUUGAAGCCAGGGGGCUGCUUUGUGGCCAAGAUCUUCCGAGGCCGGGAUGUGACGCUGCUCUACAGCCAACUACGCAUCUUCUUCUCCAGUGUGCUGUGUGCUAAGCCUAAGAGUAGCCGGAACUCCAGCAUUGAGGCCUUUGCUGUGUGUCAGGGUUAUGACCCUCCUGAGGGCUUCAUUCCAGAUCUGACCAGACCCCUGAUGAACCACUCAUACGAGACAGAUUUCAACCAGCUGCAUGGUCCCGCCCGUGUUAUUGUGCCCUUUGUGACCUGUGGGGACCUCAGCGCCUACGAUUCGGACCGUACUUACUCUCUGGAUCUAGACAAUGGCUCUGAGUACAAAUAUACUCCACCCACACAGCCCCCCAUUGCACCUCCAUACCAGGAGGCCUGCAGGUUAAAGAAGAAUGGACAGCUAGCCAAGGAAUUCCUCCCCCAGGAAUGCUCCAUUGACAGAGUAGACAAGUUGUCCCAGCCUCUGGCUAUCCAUACCCUGCUAGCCCCCAAGGUGGAAGACAAUGAAAUUAAUUGUUCAUCUUAACACAUUAAGGGUUUGCAGUAAAAGUCAAACUAAUACAGCCCAAAAGCUGCUGCCUGCCAAGAAAACCAGAAGCUGGCUUGAUAAGUUUGUUCGCAGAGAUCAUCUAUGGGGACUGGACAAACCAGCCUCGAAUGGGAAUCCACAACAACUCGAUAACGACAAAGAAAUGGCGAAAAGUCCUCAGAGCUGCAGGAGGGAUUUGUUGAAACUGUGAGCAUAUUCCUUUUCUCUAAACCUUUCCUGGAGUGUUGUAGAAGGCCCGGGAUUUUCUCCCAAAGCAGUGGUCCUUACUGUGGUUAAACGUCAGGGACCUCCACCAACAUGAUGGAAGACUGUGUGAAGAUUGUCACUAUAACUGAACUUUAUUUCCAGUUAACAAAUACGGCAAUAAAACAGGAAAAGUCCUACGUAUACAAGUCACUUACUUUUUAUGUAACAGUUUACAGACAUCUGAAAUACUGCUCAUAUGUCUCACCACUUUGGAUGAUAGUGGAUUUUAUGAAUGGAUCCUAUAAUUAGACACCUUAUCUAUCACUGCAUCCCUAUUUUGAGGGAUUGGCUGGGCAGGUAUUGGUGAGACCACAUCUUUCCAUAUAGGCUCGAUGCCCUUUUUUUUAAGUUUAUUUUAUGUAUGUAAGUACACUGUAACUGUCUUCAGACACACCAGAAGAGGGCAUCAGAUCCCAUUACAGAUGGUUGUGAGCUACCAUGUGGUUGUUGGGAAUUGAACUCAGGACCUCUGGAAGAGCAGUCAGUGUCCUUAACCUCUGAGCCAUCUCUCCAGCCCUAGACUCCCUUAAAACUCAAAAUCCUCCUGUGUCUGCUCCAAGUGCUGAGAUUGCAGGCCUCUGCCAUCAAACCUGCCUACUAUAUUCUAGUUUUAUUCAAAUAUAAAGUGAUAACUGUAUUUCGGCUUUUAUCAUUAUUCAUACUAUUUGUAUGCAUAUGCAGAUGUGCCUUCAAAAACAUUCUGGGAUGGGCUGAGGAUGUAGCUCAGUGGUAGAGUCCUUGCUUACUAUGCAUAAGACCCUGGGUUCCAUUCUCAUUCACACACACACACACACACACACACACACACACACACACACACACACACACACACAGUCUGUUAGUUGGAUUGGUACUACUCUCACCUACAGUCCUAGCUACUCAGGUGCCCAAAAUGAGAACCCUCAGCCCAGAACUAGGUCAAUGUGGACAGUAUAGCUAGGCCCUUUUAAAAAAAAAAACAAAAUGUGAAACCAAAUGUAGUCCACACCUAGAACCCCAGAUUAUUGGAGAUUGAUUGACUUUGAGGUCAGCUUGGGCUACAUAGUAAGAUACUAGUUCAUAAAACAAAGACCAGAAACAAAUUCUGUGAAAGUCCACAGAUUUAACCAGAUUUCCAAAGGAUGUCUCAAACGAUUUUUGAUGUUGUUUUGUUCAUUUGGUUGAGAAAGGGUCUCAUAUAGCCAAGGCUGGCCUCAAACUUACUGUAUACCCAAGAGUGACAUUGAAAUGUGGAUCCUCCCAAGUACUGACAUUAAAGGCAAGUUCCACAAUGCCUAAUUUUACUGGGCCAAACUUUUUAGGUUGACGGUCUUUUUUUCAUACUUAGCUAACAUGUACAAGUCCUUGAGUUCUAUCCCCAGCACUACCAAUAUAAACGGGUGUGGGAGGGAGACUUGUUUUCUAAAGUGCCCAAGUCUUCCUAACUGCAAUCCUGAGUUUCUACAGCCCAACAGGCAGGAGCUAACAUGGACUCCCUAAGCUAUAGGGUACCUGUAGGAUGAUGUCAUACAGGUGAAGGCAGGUACAAGAUAGAAUGAGGCCUGUCAUUGGACGAGAAGGAAGGAUGGGCGGGAGAAAAGUUUUAGAGAGAGGAGGAGACUGGGGCGAGAGAGGAAGCAGCAGAGAGAACAUGGAGGCGGAUUUUUUUUCUUUUCUUUUUUUCUGGAGCUGGGGACCGAACCCAGGGCCUUGCGCUUGCUAGGCAAGCGCUCUACCACUGAGCUAAAUCCCCAACCCCAUGGAGGCGGAUGUUAAGAUUCCUCUCUGCACAUUUACACAUUGUUAUGAAUAUUCUUAAGGGAUGGAUGUGUACAGGGCUUUGUAUGUAUAGAUGAGCAAAUUAUAUCUUAUUAAUUGGAUCGGA